AUGAAUUCAGAAGCUUUCAGAACAAAAGAGAAAACUUUUAUGACGCUACUUUUAAUCUUUUUCCAGACAAGCAGUAAGUCAGAUAAGCACCGCAACCACAAAGGCAUGUCGUGGCCGACGGCAGCGAUAUUCAUCAUCGGUGACAUGGUAGGUGGCGGAAUGAUUGCGCUACCCAUAGCCGUUGUCAAUGCCGGGCUCGUUCCCGGCAUUACCCUCAUAAUUCUUGCAGCGAUUUUCACUGGCUAUACAGGUAUACAACUUGGAGACAACUGGACUCUGAUGCAGAGACGAUGGCCUGAGUACAAGAGUCACUGCCGGCGACCGUACCCUGAGAUGGCAUAUAGAGCCAUGGGGCAAAAGGCGAAGUACUUGGUGGCGUUCUGUCUCUGUUUAACGCAGUUCGGCAUGGUCACGGUGCUGCUGCUGCUUGCCGCCAACAACGUGUCAAAUCUGCUCACUGCACUCUUCGGGAUGCAGAUCAACUUCUGCUACGUGAUCCUAAUCAUUGGCUUAGUUCUGUGGCCAUUUAUAAUGCUAAAAAGCCCGAUGCACUUCUGGCAUGCUGCAGUCGGUGCUGCAGCAUCGAGCUGUUUAGCUGCCACUCUUUUCAUAAUUGGAGCAAUCCAUGAUUCUCCAGUAUUUUUAACAAGCUGUCAUUUCCAUCGUACUUUACUAAAUUCUCAGAACUUCUUCCUCGCCUACGGUACCAUCGCUUUCGCUUAUGGAGGUCAUGGAGCUUUUCCCACUAUUCAGCACGAUAUGACUAAGCCUUUUCGCUUCAAUCGAGCAGUGUGGGCCAGCUACAUCCUCAUCCUCAUUGUGUACAUCGCCGUCUCCAUCGCAGGCUACACGGUGUACGGCGCGAGUAUGAGAAACACUGUGAUCCCGUCGAUUCAGAUCGAGUGGCUUUCGCAAUUGGUGAACGUCAUGAUCACGUUGCAUGUGCUGCCCACUGUAGUAAUAGUGUUCUCCCCUCUGGCUCAGCAAGUCGAGCUGUGGACUGGCGUACCAUCGCGGCACUUCAGCACGCGUCGGUUCAUCACCCGCUCACUCAUUUUCCUUGGAAUCGUCUUCACCGCCGAGACGAUACCUCACUUCGGAGUGUUCCUCGAUUUGGUGGGUGGUUCAACGGUGACGCUGAUGACGAUGCUAUUGCCGAGCGUGUUCUACCUGUUCUUGUUCGCGUCGUACAAAAAACGAGUCGACUUGAUAAGCACGAUGCAAAUCUCUCCGGAUGCACCGGACGAUCAGCUGGCCGGUCUUGCGGACAUCUGGCGAAACACCUCUAAACCAGUGCUCCUCCUAAAUGCUGUCUCGCUCGUGUUCGGCCUAAUAGGAGGCAUAGCCGCUACGUCUUCGGCGUUGACGGAGCUACUCGAUGCAAAAAUGGCUCCUCCUUGCUAUGUUCAGUGGUUCACUUCUGGCCUCAGUAUGCCUCCACCGAAAGGUGGUUCAACCCAUUGUUGUGGACCAUACAUGAAUGUCACCGUGAGUGGAAUCGAUCCUUCUAAUGUGUGCCUCAUGUCGGAUUACGUUUAA